GAGCGAGGGGGGCCGCCGAGUGCCCGUCCCACCUGGUGCCCGUCCAACUCUCCCUCCUUCCCCCCGGCUUUCUCCUUUCCCAAUGAGCUCCGGCGGGCUGGGGGAGGAGCGGGGGACGGAGCAAACUUUGCCCCUGAGCUGCCGCCGCUGCCAGCCCUCCGGACCGUGAGCGCGCGCGGGGGCACCCGCCCCGGCCCCGCAGCGCCAGCCUGCCCUCCGCCCGCUGCAGCCUCCCCUCCCCGCCUGCCUCCUCCAAACCCCGCACAGUGCGAUGUAGGGGCUCGUCCUUCUCUUUUUUUUUUUUAUUAUUUCUCACCGAAGACGGUUUAAUUCUAUUUUUUUAAAUGCAUUCCUAUUAUUUAUUAAUCCCUCCCCACCGUAAGCCUGCCCAGCCUUCUGCCGGCUGGGCCAGAGCGUAAAGCCUAGGACCGCACCUGGGGCGAUGAGCCCCGCGCUGAAGAAGCCUCCCAGAGGGAUGCGCCGGGGCCGCGCAGCAGCCUAGAGCCGAGCCCGAAGCUCACAGCGCCGGCGGUCCCCGCUCCCUCGUCCCCUCCGCCCGCCUCCGCUGCUCCCCGACCCCGCGGGACCCCGGACCCGAGCCUGCGCCGCGCUCCGGAGAGCUCCGCCGGGGGGAGAGCCCCCGAGCCCGAGGAGAGACGGGGCGGCCGUGCUAGAUGCAUGGGGGAGGGCUCCGCUUAAUGCAAGUUCUGGGCUCCUGCAGGGACCCCGACAACUGUCAGCAGCAGCAGCAGCAGCAACUCGGGGCCUCCUCCUCCGCUUCCUCAGCGAUGCUUUUCCACAGCCUGUCCGGCUCGGAGAUGCACGGGGUCAUCGACGAGAUGGAUCGGAGAACCAAAAGCGAAGCACCGGCCAUCAGCUCGGCUAUAGACAGGGGAGAGACCGAAACGCAGAGCAUGCCGUCCAUCAGCAGUGACCGCGCUGCCCUGUGCGCCGGCUGCGGGGGGAAGAUCUCGGACCGCUACUACCUGCUGGCCGUGGACAAGCAGUGGCACAUGCGCUGCCUCAAGUGCUGCGAGUGCAAGCUCAACCUGGAGUCCGAGCUCACCUGCUUCAGCAAGGACGGCAGCAUUUACUGCAAGGAGGAUUACUACAGGAGGUUUUCGGUGCAGAGAUGCGCGAGGUGUCACCUGGGGAUUUCUGCCUCCGAAAUGGUCAUGAGGGCCAGGGAUUUGGUAUAUCACUUAAACUGCUUCACUUGCACCACCUGCAACAAGAUGCUGACCACCGGCGACCACUUUGGCAUGAAGGACAAUCUGGUGUAUUGCCGCCUCCAUUUCGAGACUCUCAUCCAGGGGGAGUACCAGGUGCAUUUCAAUCACUCGGAUGUAGCCGCUGGGAAGGGCCCAGCACUGGGAGCGGGCUCUGCCAGUACUUUGGGACUGCCUUAUUACAACGGCGUGGGGACUGUCCAGAAGGGGAGACCCAGGAAAAGGAAGAGCCCGGGGCCUGGGGCAGACCUGGCAGCGUACAACGCAGCUUUAAGCUGCAAUGAAAACGAUGGUGACCACCUGGAUAGAGACCAGCAAUACCCCAGCAAUCAGAAAACAAAGCGUAUGAGGACGUCAUUCAAACACCACCAGUUGCGGACAAUGAAGUCAUACUUUGCUAUUAACCACAAUCCUGAUGCCAAGGACUUGAAACAGCUAGCUCAGAAAACCGGCCUGACCAAAAGAGUUCUUCAGGACUGAAAAAAUUUAAAAUGAGACUGGCAUAGGAGCUGAAUCAUUUGAGAAAGAAGAGUAAGAAAGAGGGACAGUCUUUUUUGAAAAGUGAGAGCACUGCUGAGACAAGACAUGAGAAAGUUCCCGAGAGAGCCCUCUGAGCCCGCAGGAAGGCAGGGUGCUGUGCUGUGUCACCUUCUGCACGCAAUGGGAGAUGGAUCUGAGAUACCAGGGUGCUGAAACUCGCUAGUUUAUGUUCAUCAGAUGCUUGAUUUCUAUCUCGUCCUGACAAGUACUUCUGGGAGUGAGGGCAGUCGAGGAUUCUCAGGGGCCGCCAAAUUUGUAGGCAUCUUUAUACACAGCCUGCACUGAAUGACUCCCCUCCUGUCCCAAGCAGACUGUUUACACAGAGAAUUGCAGGAGAGGGAAAGAGGAAUGCUUCACAGGCAUGCAGAGGACACUUUUCGUGACUGGGGCUACUUUUUUAACAUGUUACCAUAAAAACAUCUUCACCAAUUCAAGCUUUGAUGAAUUUGUGAGU